UGGAUCAAUCUGUGCACUCCACUGAAACUGAAACAGGAAAGGUCCAUUUCUUGUAGUUUAAAGUCCUAGAAAGUCCACAAUGUCCAACUUUAUUGAACGCAUCAGGAACCGAAUCCCGGGUCUGCGCCGUCCAGAAAACAAUGGCCCACCUCAAGGAGUCGUUACCGUGGAUAUGGGGGAGAUUGAUUAUGGGAAGGAGAAGGAUAUGAAAAAAGUGUCAUUCUUCAAUCCACUCGAUCCCGUGCCAAAAUAUGACUUUUAUGCCAAAGAUACUUGGGCUGGACGUAUAAAAAAAACCAGACCAUCACUGGAUGUUCUGCGCAAACCACCGGACCCUGAUGAUCUUCCUCCACCACCAGAGGAAGAUGGACGGCCCAAAGUCAAGCUUGUUCGCUUUGGAUGGGUUCUGGGAGUCAUGAUUCGCGCUAUGUUGAACAUCUGGGGAGUCAUUAUGUACCUGAGACUGCCGUGGAUCACGUCUCAAGCCGGCCUCAUUCUGACCUAUGUCAUCAUCUUCAUGUCCAUCGUUGUCACAACAAUCACAGCAACGUCUGUGUCAGCUAUCUCCACCAAUGGGAAGGUCUACUCUGGUGGCACGUACUUCAUGAUCUCUCGGAGUCUGGGUCCGGAGCUCGGAGCACCCAUUGGUUUGCUCUUUGCGUUCGCCAACGCUAUCGCCUGUGCGCUCCACACAGUGGGGUUUGCCGAGACCGUCAGAGAUCUUCUCAAAGACUUUAAAUCUCAGAUGGUGGACGAUGUCAAUGAUGUGAGGAUCAUUGGGGCAGUUACUGUCGUUGUUCUCCUCUGCAUUACAUUUGCUGGAAUGGCUUGGGAGGCGAAGGCUCAGAUCCUGUUCUUCAUCGCCAUCAUGGUGUCCUUAAUUAAUUAUUUUGUGGGGACAGUCAUUCCUCCCAACACAGAAAAGGAGUCUGUGGGAUUUUUUGGGUACCGUGGUGACAUUUUCGUGGAGAAUCUGCUGCCUUCUUACCGAGGCCCAAAUGGAUAUUUCUUCAGGUUGUUCGCCAUCUUCUUUCCAGCCGCCACAGGAAUUCUGUCUGGAGUCAACAUCUGUGGAGAUCUCAAGGAUCCGACUGGUGGGAUUCCUAAAGGGACCCUGCUGGCCAUACUCUGGACAACCUUGAGCUAUUUACUGAUCUCAAUCACAUGUGCUGCAACUGUUGUAAGAGACGCUUCUGGGAAUGUGAACGAUAGUUUAGCCCUGAAAAAUUUCACCACCCAGUGCAGUGGCCUGGGCUGUAAAUUAGGCUGGAAUUUUGACCGGUGUGAACAGAACCGCACAUGCAGCCAUGGACUGGCAAACAACUUGAGGAUUCUUACCACUGUUUCAGGAUGGGGGAUUUUGAUCACCAUUGGGGUCUUUGCUGCCACCUUGUCAUCGGCGCUGGGUUUCCUGGUUUCUGCUCCCAAAAUUUUCCAGUGUUUGUGUAAGGAUAACAUCUACCCCUUCAUCGGCUUCUUCGGAAAAGGUUAUGGGAAAAACAACGAGCCUCUACGUGGCUACUGUCUCAUGUUUAGCAUCGCUAUGGCUUUCAUCCUCAUCGGUGACCUGAACACAAUCGCUCCUCUGAUCUCCAACUUCUUCCUCUGCUCUUACGGCCUCAUCAACUUCAGCACCUUCCAUGCAUCGAUCACCAAAUCACCAGGUUGGAGGCCGGAGUAUCAUUUAUAUUCUCCAUGGACAUCUCUGUUUGGGUCAAUCUUGUCUUUUGUCCUCAUGUUUCUGUUCACAUGGUGGGCCGCUCUCGUCACUUUCUGUAUCAUGCUCUUCCUCCUUGGCUACGUUAGUUAUACAAAACCUAAGAUAAACUGGGGGUCAUCUUAUCAGGCGGGUUUCUACAACAUGGCUUUGUCCUUCUCGAUGGCUCUGACUGGUGUUGAAGACCACGUCAAAAACUUCAGGCCUCAGUGUCUCGUUCUGACCGGUCCUCCUAACAAUCGUCCCGCUCUCGUGGACUUUGUGGCUACUUUCACCAAAAACACCAGCCUGAUGAUCUGUGGGAACAUUAUCAUGGAGGAUGAGAAGUCCAGUUUCCCGCAGCACAGCACUGAUAUGUUGGUGGACUGGCUCAAUCAGAGGAAAGUCCGUUCUUUCUACACGUCCUUCAACGCUGACAGUCUGAAAGAAGGCGCACAUAAUCUCAUGCAGGCUUCAGGUCUCGGUAAACUGAGGCCCAACACUCUGGUUUUAGGAUACAAGAUGAACUGGCAGGAAUGUAAACUGGAGAGUUUACAGGACUACGUCAACACCGUCAGCAAUGCAUUCGACUCCAGCUAUGGCAUUGCGAUUCUGAGAAUGAUGGAUGGAUUGGAUAUAACAGAUAAUUUGCAUAGUGCAGUCGAAUCAUCUGCAAUUGACAAUCCGGCAUUCGACGCAGAGGAAGCCCAAUACGAAAAGGAUGAGAGCGACCGGAAUUCAGAUAUUUCUGAUGAUGGCUCGGACGAGCAGGUCAGAUCGGUGUUUCAGACGAAACAAGGCAGGAAGAGCAUCGACAUCUACUGGAUCUCUGAUGAUGGAGGUCUGACUCUUUUAGUGCCUUAUUUGUUGACCAGAAGAAACCGCUGGAAAAAGACCAAACUCAGAGUGUUUAUCUUAGGAGACCCCGAGAGCGUAAAGGAAGACCGUAAAGACAUGAAGAUGCUGCUUAAGAGAUUCCGGCUAGAGAUCGAGGACGUCGUCAUAAUAACAGACGUGGAUAAACCUCCUCUAGCGAAAAAUUUGCAGCGGUACGAGGAAUCCAUCGCCCCCUUCAGGCUGAGUGAAGAACAGGCCAUAGGAGACGUACAGGAGCUCAAGAGACUGAGUCCAUGGAAAGUGUCUGACAAAGACCUGGAGGCCAUAAAACCAAAGAUCGAGAGGACGCUGCGACUAAACGAGAUCAUCAAGAAAAACUCCGUCAACGCGGCUCUGGUUGCAAUUUCUCUUCCAGUCCCUGAUGUCACCUGUCCUAGUUCUCUCUAUAUGGCCUGGCUGGACGCUCUGAGCUACGGUAUCCACUGUCCUGCCCUGCUCAUACGAGGAAACCAGGAGAACUGCAUGACCUUCUACUGCCAGUAAAACACUCGCAUUAAUGUGCCUGAUCAUCCUUAAACAUAUUUAUUACUGCAUAUUACUUGCAAUUUAAGGAUGCUGAACCUUGUUGUACUGAAAUAAGCUGCUUAAUCCUCUCGAGCAUUGACUGUAUUACUACGAAUGCAUAUUUAUCUCACAUGCUUGUAUCUUUGAGGAUGAUACAGGUCAAACAGAUUCGGUAGAAAAGAUAGAAUAGAGAUACAGUAGAAACGCAGUAGAAUUAGGCUGGUGGAGGGAAGUGCUUUUUCUGCUCUCAGGAUCUUCAUUUCAGGGUAGAACUUUCAUGCAGUUUGAGUCAACACACGUGUUAUAUUAUGUGUAAUAUUAUUAGGUUAUUGUUAUGAAUCGCAAGUAUGCUUUC